GAAUUCUUGCUGAAACCUAGCCCGUUUGUGGCUGUGAGUAAUUCUAAAACAAAGAAAUUGCGCACAACACAAAUAUGUCUGACUGAGUCUUUUUUUAUGAAAUUGAUACCGUUGUAAUCAUAAUGUAAAUAUGCAUUAUAUGACAAACUGUAAUAAAUGUCAACAAAUGUUUAUACAAUGACGAAUAACAAAAAUAUUUCUUUCUCAUGGUGUAAAUGUUAUAAUUGUCGUUAUGAAAGUUUGUUAUACUGUCGCCAUCAUGUUAAGGCUGUUUGUAAUAUUAUUAUGUUCCUUUCUUAUUCACGGAUAUCCUGCAAAUGAUCGACAACGUCGCAUUCGAGGAAUAACAGAUUGGUGCGUUUUCAGUGAUGAUGGAUUAGAACUUGAUUGCACAAGUAUAAAGUUUAUUGGACAGACUGUUGACAUACGUAUGAAAUUAAACAAAUGUCAAGAGCCUGUAACAUUAAAAUUUAAAAUUGUGGUCAAAGCUCUAGGAAUAGAUUUAUCACAUGUGGUGGAGAGCAGUCAAGAGUUUGCAGUGACUGGAUUUGAAUACAAUGUCGGGGGAGUUGCACAAGCGGGUGUAUACGUAAAGACAGAUCUAUAUAAAACGAAUACUGAUAAACUCAAACUAAAGUUGAUGCUAAAGGUAAAGGUUACAAAAAGGGUCCCGAUAAAAUUACCAUUUCUGACAGUCUUUGAUGGGAAAAUCCAGAUACAUACCACUUCUUGCAGGGAAGGUUUUGUAUGGGGAAGACUACAAAUAGGCGAGAAGACUGGCUUGAUCGUCGGCCUCAUCGUUGUUGUCGUUAUAGUCGUCGUCAUAGUCGUGUCAAUUAUACGACACUUUAAACGUAAGCGUGGACUAAAAAUUUCAAACAACGACAGAAGCUCGUCUUUCAGCAGAACAAAUAAUAAUAUACGGAGCGGAUUGAUCCUUAACAAUAUAAAAAGUUACGAAAAUAAACAAUACGUUUCGGACCAAACAAAUAUGCAAUUAGUCGGUAAAAAAGGUCCACAGAAAUAUAAGCCAUUUGCAAAGAUAAGGUUAUGAAAACACUGUAAUAAAAAUAUCGGUGCUAAGGAUGCUGCUGAAAAGCUUCAUACAUGGCUGAUGCAAAGAAAUCAGAUUUAGAAACGCACAAGAUUAAUUUCUAACGCUUGUUCCAUGCACGAGAAAAUUAUUACUCGAAAGAAAAUUUCACCACUUAGUAGAUUUGCAAAAGUUCUCAAAGUUUAAUUGUUCAACCGUCGAUUCAGAAUACGUCGCUCUAGAAAUUUCCUAUGUGUUUCUUUACGGAAAAAAUGAACAACGAACAAUAUAUUCUUCGUAGAGACAAUAAUUUACGAAUAAUAAAGUUAAGUAGCGCUGGCGCUCCGCUUUGGUGGCAAUACAGAAAGACAAAAUAUACUGUAUAUGAUGAUGAUUUGUAGAGUAAUCGAUAAAAAAUCACUUUCAUCCUGAUUAA